AUGAGCCCCAAGCCGGUCCCGCCGCCGCCGCCCCAGUGUCCCGGCUGCGACUGCGGGGCGCCCUUCGCGCAGCGCUUGGAGAAGGGAGCCGAGGCCUUCCGCGCGGGCGAGUACGAGAUGGCAGCGGAGCUCUUCCGCUCCAUGCUGGCCGGGCUGGCGCAGCCUGACCGCGGCCUGUGCCUGCGGCUGGGGGACGCGCUGGCCCGCGCGGGCCGUCUCCCCGAGGCGCUGGGUGCGUUCCGUGGCGCCGCGCGGCUCGGGGCGCUGCGGCCCGAGGAGCUGGGGGAGCUGGCGGGCGGCCUCGCGCGCGUCCUCGGCCAGCGCCAGUGGCGACUGCCGGCCGCAAUGCCGGGCCGCGCCUCCGAGGCGCCCAGCGAGGAGCAGCGGGCCUCGGCGGCCGCUGCGCCGCGGGACUUGCUCGGCUGCCCGCGCUGCCAGCGCCUGCUGCACAGGCCGGUGACGCUGCCCUGCGGGCUCACGGUGUGCAAGCGCUGCGUGGAGCCCGGGCCGCCGCGGCCUCAAGCGCGGCGGGUCAAUGUGGUGCUGAGCGGCCUGCUGGAGAAGUGCUUCCCCGCCGAGUGCCGCGUGCGCAGGCUGGCCGGCCAGGCGCGGAGUCUGCAGCGCCAGCAACAGCUCGAGGCCGCGCUGCUCAGGUGCGACCAGGCCCUGGAGCUGGCUCCUGGUGAUAAUUCAUUAUUGCUGCUACGAGCAGAGUUACAUUUAACCAUGAAGAACUAUGAGCAGGCUUUGCAGGAUGCCAAUGCAGUUUGCCAUAAUGAACCUUUCUUGAUUAAGGGACAUCAUGUGAAAGCCCAGGCUCUUUCUGGAUUGGGAAGAAGUAAGGAAGUGUUGAAGGAAUUUCUCUAUUGCCUUGCUCUAAAUCCUGAGUGUAACUCAAUGAAGAAAGAAGUACAGAAGGUAAUAUGUGAGGUAUUUUUUCCAGCUUCAGAAAAUGUGCAUCAAAAUUUAAUGUCUUCCAUCCAAAGUAGAAUGUUGAACGCCAGACUAAAGGCUCAGUGUCACAGUCAUAUAAACACCCAGCCUCCUCUGGAAGAAGGUGAUAAUGCAGGGAGUUCUAAGAAUCCACCUGAGAAAUCUGAUGUAUGUAGGAAUACACAUUCUUCAGUUUUAUAUUUCAUCCUGGGUCUACACUAUGAAGAAGAUAAAGAGGUGUUAGAAAGCUUCCUUCCGACAGCACCCAUCGCUGGUUUAAAGAGACACUUUCCAAAAGAUAUGGAGGGUUUGCAUGAUUCAAACACCCCUGGAAAAAUCCCCAAGACAGAUUCUUCACCUCAAAGGAGCAUGAACUCUAACAUAGGAGAAAAUCCGGAUCUCUCGAUAGAUGUAGCUGACUUUGAGUGUGCCCUUUGCAUGAGGUUGCUCUUUGAACCUGUCACCACACCAUGUGGGCACACAUUUUGCCUAAAAUGCCUUGAGCGCUGCCUUGACCAUGCUCCACAUUGUCCAUUGUGCAAAGAAAAACUUUCAGAAUUGUUGGCCAGCAGAAAUUUUAAAGUAACUAUUCUGGCUGAAGAGUUAAUAUUUCGAUAUUUGUCAGAUGAGUUGUCUGAUAGGAAGAGAAUUUAUGACGAAGAAAUGACAGAACUGUCACAUCUUACCAGAGAUGUGCCCAUCUUUGUGUGUGCUAUGGCCUUUCCCACUGUCCCUUGUCCACUCCACGUUUUUGAGCCCCGCUAUCGGCUUAUGAUAAGAAGAUGCAUGGAAACUGGCACCAAACGGUUUGGCAUGUGUUUAUCUGCUGAGCAUGCAGGGAUAUCUGAGUAUGGCUGCAUGCUGGAGAUCAAGGAUGUCAGAACUUUUCCGGAUGGAAGUUCAGUUGUUGAUGCAAUUGGAGUUAGUCGGUUCAGAGUUUUAAGCCACCGUCACAGAGAUGGCUAUAACACAGCAGAUAUUGAAUAUCUUGAAGAUGAGAAGGUGGAAGGUCCAGAGUAUGAAGAACUUACUACUCUUCAUGAUUCAGUUUAUCAACAGUCUAUUUCCUGGUUUACUGCACUUCAGGAUCACAUGAAAGAACAAAUUUUAAGUCAUUUUGGGAUAAUGCCAGACAGGGAAGCUGAGCCUCAGAGUAAUCCUAGUGGUCCUGCUUGGUCCUGGUGGAUCCUGGCAGUGUUGCCAUUGGAACGCAAGGCUCAGUUGGCUAUACUUGGCAUGACUUCUCUUAAAGAGCGUCUGCUAGCCAUUAGGCGCAUAUUAGUCAUCAUCACACGUAAGAUGAAUAGUCGGCAAGAGCAGGUUAAUAGAGAGAGAAAUAACUGACUUUCUCUGUCAAGGUUUCUGCACUUCUAUGAGGAGAUCCAGGCAUGGAUGAGUGGUAUCAAUCAUCACAGUUUGUAAAAUGCUUGUUGAUAAGGUUAUAGUGGAACACUUACCAAACAUUUACUUAAAAGUCUGUGCCUAGUGGAAUCUUGACUCUGUACAAGAUUAGUCUGAAGUUUGAAUGGAGUCCGUGGUUGGAAAACAAACUCAGAAAAGCUCUUUGAAGCUUUCUCAUGUGCAGUUCAUGGAUAGCUUGGUUAUUACACAUGAUUACAUGUGGCUUAGGUUUCACAAGAAAGAAGAAUUCCUUUUCCAAUGAAGUAUUUUUCUCUGUCAUAUGGGAACAGCAUAUUUCAGUGACUAGACAGCGAGGAAGUGGGGGGAACCAUGUUUUACUCUGGAAGCAGAUUUCUCAGGGCACAGGCUAACUAAAAAUGUGCUUAGGCUUUGUGUGUCACUGUGAAAUUGUCUGUGAAAUGGAGGACUCAAAUCAUUGUUGAGUGCAGGAACUGAAAUUAGCCCUUAACCAAGUAGUAGCUACCGGAUAGAACUGUGUUUUGUGUCCUGCUUUAGUUCAGGUGUUGUAAGUUGCAUGUUGUAAUCAAGUGAAUAUAAAGAUACAGAAAGGUGUACCCUGGUUAUAGAAAAAUCUGAGAUUAGUAGUUGAUUUGAGUGAAAGUGAAUUGAAACUCUACAUACUUUGGAUGGCAAACAUACAAUCAAACCUUGUGCAAGGAACCCUUGAAAUCAUAAAUCUCUCAUUGCUUCAAUGAAUAUUAUGCAUUUAGAAAAUAGUCAUUUUUUGACUAGGAUUUGCAUUUGAAGUUAAACUCACCAGUAAAUUUGAAUUCACUUCCAUCUACUAAUAUAUACAGACAUUAGGAAAUGGGAAUCUAUUCUAGGAAAAUCUGUUCCCAUUAUGAAAUGGGAAUCUAUUCUAGGAAAACAUACCAAGAGAAUAUUCAGGGAUGGGAGGCUGUUCUGUGAUGUAAAUAUUCAUGAAAAUUUUGUCAAACACCAACCUAAAAAUUAUCUUUGUUUAUUUCAAGAAGUUUUACAAUGAUCAGACCAGGUAUUAUCUAUUAAAGAACAUAUGUGUAACUUUUACCUUCAAUGCAUUUUUGUAAUAUUAAUUGAAAUAAUCAUUUGAACCUGAGAUACUGAAAUAAUCAUUUAAUCACUGGCCUAUCCAGCUGGUGCAUUUAGUUGGUCUCUUGGUCUGUGAGGGUUAGGGGGGAUGAUGAAAACCAGACUGAAGAGAGAAUCACAGCUGAAAGUUUUGCUGUAUUCAUUCAAGGUGUAUAUGUUUUUUGAGUUUUAAAAGAAAGAUAUAUUUCAUAUCAAAUGUUGGUGGUUUAUUGAUUUAUUAAGCAUUUUAUUAGAAAGACUAUAUAUAUUUUUAAUUGUAGGAUUUAUUAAUACCUACAACUCAUUUUCAUCAUGGGAGGUAGAAAAUACUAUACUUAUAUAAUUUAUAUUGAGAAAAUUUGAAAGUGUUUUGCAGUCAUGUUUCCAGCGCCUCACUUGUGAAUCUCAGAUAUCAUUUUGAACAUGUUUAAGGGCAGUUUGAUUAAGUAUUGCUAAAAUUAUUUAUGCACUAACAAUAUUAUUCAGCUUUCUUAGGUGUUAUAACCUAACUUGAUAUUUAAAAAAAAAAAAAAACUGCAUCUAGUGUGCCAGAGAGCUUUAUUAAAAAUGGUUCAUGAAAUUGUCUAUUCAUUGAUCACUCUCUUUCUCUGUUAGAAAAUAUUUUCCUACAUACAAAGCGUAUCUGAAUAGCUUUCAUUGCUUUGCUUUUUGGUGGUGUUUGAAUAAUCAAAAUAUGAUCAUAAUUUUUUCGGGAACCUUCCUGAAGUUAAGUUUCUGUGCUCAGAGUUUUAGGCUUUUUGCCCUAACAAUUGGAAGCUUAUUGCCUUUUCAGCCUUGCUUUUCAAAUGUCAUUACUUACACAGUUCUUUAACCAGAAUGAUUAAGUUAUCUUUUUCUGAUUUUAUCUGCCUUGUUGUGAAUCAUCUUUUUACUUUGAUUCUUCUUGUGUAAAAGCCUUUACAACAAUAAUGGUGUAUACUAGAGCCCCAAGGUUUUUUGACUCCAAAGGAAAUUGACCAUGAUCACUUCUUGACAAGUCCAGCAUCAUACUUCCGAAUAGGGCAAAGCAGGAGUAGAUUUGUAUUUCCUGAGCUCUUGUAUUAUAUUCCUUAUCAAGAAAUCAAAUCAAUGUCUCAAUUCAUAUUAUGAAGGAAUCUUCCCUUUAAAAACUUAAAAAGAAAGAAACACAAACUCCAGUUUGCUACAAAUUGAUAUAAGCCGUGUCAGUCCUUUUUCUCCUCCCUGCUGGCCCCUCAAUUUUUUCUGUCAUGGAGAUGAAAUUUCCAAGGACUUCUCAGAAAAUAAUGUAACUUCUGAUUGUAAUGUAAUAACUGUAACUCCCUCAAGGGUAGGUCAUCCUUGUUUAAUUUUACUGAAAAUAUUCCAACACUAAUGCUCUAGUGACUUCAGAAUACAGAAGCUACUUAGAAUAAUAACAGUGUGGGGGAAUAUUUUGUCUUCUUUAAAUACAAUAUUUAAAGUACAAUACACUCUUAGCAAUUUUCCAUUCAUUCAUUUGACUGAGUUUUUUGACUCAUAAUUCCAUCUGUGUCUUGAUAUUCUGCAACUGGUAUUCUGGUAGGUAGUAUUCUAAAAGCCAUGAAAUUUUUAGGGUAUUGAAAUUUUUAGGUAUAUACUCCUUGUCUUCAUAACUGAACGUUAGAAUAGUUCUUAAAGUUCCAAAUAAAAGAAGUUUAAAACUUUGUUUUAUUCAUAUAACCUCAGUAAUUUUAAAUCUUAUUUUAAUUCUAGUAUAAAUCUAAUUUUAAAUUCAUGUACCAAAUUUUGGAAUGUUAUCCCACUUUUAUGACCACAAAGGUAUCCUUUCUGUUAGAUCCUACCCAAAACAAAAUAAACACCAAGGCUGUUUAGAAAGUUACACUUCAGCUCUUAUCAUAAAUCCAGUCCCACCACAAGACCUUUGAAUCAUUAAGGAGCAAAAUUAUAAAUGGUAGAAUUACCGUGAAAUAUUAUACCAUCACUUUGUCAUAAAAUUACUUGAAAAUUGCAAAUUGUUAGAGUCAGUGUACUUCACCGCCUAAUCUAGCUAUAUUACACAGCAGCCAUUAUAAUUUUUAAGUUGCUUUUCCAAGGCGCUCCUCUCUUUCCCCUCCCUCCUUUCUUCGUGUUUUCACCCACUACUUCAAUUAUUUGAGUUAGUAGUCUUCUAUAAAUUUUAGAUGAUUUCCAACAAAUGAUAAAAAAGAAAAGUGAAAAAUGGAGGAGAAAGAUAACAAUGAAUUAUAAAGAAAGUAAAUGUGGGUGAUGUCCUUUUGUAUUAAAGCACAAGGUUCUGUUUUUACCAAAUAUGCCUGUGGCAUAUAAAAAGAAAUGUUUCCAUUUCCUUGCUUGCAAUUGGUUUGUUCAGAUUUUCUAUUUUUUCCUUAUUUAGUUUUGGAUGAUUGUAUAAUCUAAGAAUUUGUCCAUCUCAUCUAGAUUGUUGAACUUGUUUGCAUAUAAAUGUUCGUAGUAAUCUCUUAUUACACUCUGGAUUUCUACUCUAUUUGUUGUAAUGUCUCCUCUUUCAUUUUUGAUCCUAUUUGUUUUUCAAAGUCAUUGUUUUUUCCCUACUUCACUGAUACUGAGCAUGUUCCUAAGACAAAAAAAAAAACACACAGCAAAAGGAGGAAAAAAAACCCACAAAAAACUACUUUAUUCAUGGACCAUGAGGAUGACAGGA